UUCCAGUGUCUUUUUACGUCCGUCCUUCGUAUCUUAGCUGAUUUCAAGCCAUUUGAUAUCAUUGAUUUUAUAUCGGCCACAAUGUUCGCCCGACAGUGCUCACGAUUGGUGUCUUCCCGGACUGCCGUCCCCUUGUCUUCGUAUCUUGCUCGUGUUAGGCCGUAUUCCUCGGCAUCAGGAUAUGAGCACAUCCUAACCUCCAGCCCCAAGCCUGGUGUUGGGCUAAUCACAUUGAACCGCCCUAAAGCCCUCAAUGCCCUUUCCAGCCCUCUCUUCAAAGAGAUCAACGAUGCCCUCUCCAAAUACGAUGAGGACAAGGAUAUUGGGGCCAUCAUAAUCACAGGGAGUGAGAAGGCUUUCGCUGCUGGUGCCGAUAUCAAGGAAAUGGCGCCCUUGACCUUCUCAGCUGCCUACAGCAACAACUUCAUCGCCCCUUGGUCCCACCUUGCCAACAAUAUCCGUAAACCUGUUAUUGCCGCAGUGUCUGGCUAUGCCCUUGGUGGUGGCUGCGAGCUCGCCCUCAUGUGCGACAUCAUCUACUGUACCUCGAAUGCCACCUUCGGCCAACCGGAAAUCAAAUUAGGUGUUAUCCCCGGUGCUGGCGGGUCGCAGCGCCUGACUCGUGCAGUAGGAAAGAGCAAGGCCAUGGAACUGAUUCUGACUGGAAAGAAUUUCAGCGGCAAGGAAGCGGGAGAAUGGGGUGUUGCUGCGAAGGUCGUUGAAGGAGGCAAGGAUGAGUUGCUCGAGGAGGCCCUCAAGACUGCCGAGACGAUUGCAGGUUAUAGUCGUGUUGCCGUCGUUGCUGGCAAGGAGGUUGUGAACAAGAGUCAAGAACUCUCGUUGAGAGAGGGCGUAGAGUAUGAGAGGCGUUUGUUCCAUGCACUUUUCGGCAGUAAAGACCAGAAGAUCGGCAUGACGGCUUUUGCCGAGAAGAAGAAACCUGAGUGGUCGAAUGAGUAAACUUGGUUGGAGCCCCCGCUUGGUCUCGCCAUUCAUGAUAAUUUGACUGAAAAAAAAGAAAUCCUAGGACGUUAAUACAAGAACAGUGAUAAUUUAUCGCUUCAAUAUUAUAGCUAACAAUGAAC